CCUUCAAGAGUUAGGGUUUCAAAGAGGUGAAGAUGAACAGAGGAAUUUCUGGGGAUGAUUGUCUUCCAAAGUUCUUCAAAGUGUACUUACCUGAUGAAUCCGGAGAUGAUUUGGAAUUACCCAUCUCUUUCAACAGCUUUUUACCAAAGUCGUUGCCUAAAAAUGUAAUUGUUAGAAGUAUUUAUGGAAACAUUUGGAAAAUGGCGCUUAAGAAGUGUUGUGGUCAUGUUGAGAGAUUUACUAUGGUUAAUGGGUGGAAGACGAUUGUAAAGAACGAAGAUUUGAAGGGUGGAGAGUUCUUGGAGUUUGAGUUUGAUGGCUCUUGGUGUUUCAAUUUCUGUAUCUACGGCCGUGCAACGUGUAAAAAGCUUAGAAGUUCAGUGCAAAUCGGAGAUAUCGAAGAUGAAUCUGAUGGUUCUUUUGGAGAACAUGACAGACAUUAUCUGGAUAAUCACAUGAACCCUUUCUUUACAGUGAAUCAGCAUCGGCAAAUAAAAUACAAUCUGCUGCGCAUACCAACUAAGGUCAUAACUAAGUAUGGCUUACACUUCCCUGAGUUCAUCAAUCUGAUUGAUCCACUCGAGAAAAUGUUCGGUAAAUUGAAGAGGAAAGUUGAGGGUCAAACAAUCAAGGGAUUCCGUAGUAUAAUGAGAAGGAAUAAUGUGAAGUUGACUGAUAAAGUGAUUUGUCCAAGUUCUUACACCAUGGUUAACGCUUCAGGGUUGUUUGGAACCUGCAAGUUCAUGGUUUCAGAGAGUUUCCAAGAGCACAAGAAGUUGACGACAAUGAACCAAGGAAAUUAUUCGGAUGGUUCUACUUCAAAGUUCUUUAAACCGUACCUUCCUAGUGAAUCCGGAGACGAUCUGAUGCUACCCAUUUCUUUCAACAGCUCUUUACCAAAGCCUUUGCCUGAAACUGUAAUUGUUAGAAGCAUUUAUGGAAAGAUUUGGAAAAUGGUGUUGAGGAAAUGUGGUGGUGAGGUUGAGAGCUUUGUUAUGGUUAAUGGUUGGAAGAAGAUUGUAAGGGACGAAGAUCUGAACGGUGGAGAUCUCUUGGCAUUUGAGUUUGAUGGCUCUCGUUGUUUCAGUUUCUGUAUCUACGAGCAUGAGACUAUGUGUAAGAAGCUUAAGAAAAGUUCAGAGCAAAGCGAGGAGAUCAUCGAAGUGGGAUCUGAUGGUGAAGAAGAAACUCAAGCUAGUGAUGAUUCUGACGAUUCUGAUAAUGAUUAUGCUGUUGAGGAUGAUUAUCAUGCUGUUGAGGAUGAUGAUGUUGCUGAGGAUGAUGAUGGUCUUGAGGAUGAAGAUGAAGUUGAGGCUGAGGAUGAUGAUGAUGUUAAGGCUGAAGAUGAUGAUGAUAAUGACGAAAGACAGUAUCUGGAUAAUCACAACAACCCGUACUUUACUAUGACACUCAAUCCAAAGAAGAAAAGCCAAUUGCACAUACCGGCUCAUGUCAUAAAGGACUAUGACUUAAACUUCCCCGCACUUAUAACAGUCGUGGACCAAUUGGGAGCAUUGGAGAAAGCAAUCAAGAUUCAAAAGAAUGGCUCCAUCUUUGUCAAGGGAUUUGGUAGUGUCAUCAGAAGGAACAAAAUGAAGAUGACUGAUAAAAUGAUAUGCGAGCUUAAGAGGACUGGAAGUAAUCUGGUUCACACCAUCAAGUUACACGAUAUAUCCUCUGUUCUGAUCGUUACUUGCUUUGGAACAGGAUAUUUUGGGGAUUAUUGUCUUCCAAAAUUCUUCAAAGUUUAUUUACCUGAUGAAUCCGGAGAUGAUCUGGUACUACCCAUUUCUUUCAACAGCUGUUUACCAAAGCCUUUGCCUGAAACUGUAACUGUUAGAAGCAUUUAUGGAAAGGUUUGGAAAUUGGUGUUGAGGAAAUGUGGUAGUGAAGUUGAGAGCUUUGUUAUGGUUAAUGGUUGGAAGAGCUUUGUGAAGGACGAAGAUUUGAAGGGAGGAGAUUUCUUGGAGUUUGAGUUUGAUGGCUCUCGGCUCUUCAAUUUCUGUAUCUACGAGCAUGGGACAAUGUGUAAAAGGAUAAGAAGAAGCUCAGAGCAAAGCGAGGAGAUCAAAAUGGAAUCUGAUAGUGGUGAAGAAAAUCAGGCUAGUGGUGACGUUCUAUCUCUUGAUGAGGAUGAUGAUGAUUCUGAUUAUAAUUGUGUUGAAGACAAUGAUAGUGAUGAUUAUGCUGAUGAAGAUGAUGUCGAGAAAGAUGAUAAUGAUGGUGAUGACUAUGUUGUUGAUAAUGAUGUUGAUGAUGUUCCUGUUGAAGAUGAUGAUGAUGUUGAGGCUUUUGAUUCUCAUGCUGAGGCUGAUGAUGAUGAUGACGAUGAAAGACAGUAUCUGGAUGAUCGCGAGAACCCGUCUUUUACUCUGACUCUUAAUCCGAAGAAGAAAAGCCAACUGCUGAUCCCAGCUCGGGUUAUCAAAGACUAUGACUUGCAAUUCCCUGAGAGUAUCACUCUCGUCGACCCACUUGUGAAAAAAUUUGGGACAUUGGAGAAAAAGAUCAAGAUUCAGACGAAUGGCAGUGUGUUUGUCAAGGGAUUUGGCAGUAUCAUCAGAAGGAAUAAAGUGAAGACAACGGAUAAGAUGAUGUGUGAGAUCAAGAAGACUGGUGAUAAUAACCUGGUUCAAACAAUCAAGAUUCACAUUAUCAGUGGAUGAUCAUUUAUAUAUAUCAAUCUUUAGUGACUAUUGUGUUGUAUUGAGUUCGUGUACGAGUUUUUAAUUUCUGAAACUAUUUGAUCUAUACAAAUUUAUUUGCAACAAGUAGUGAAAAAGUCUCUCAAUAGCUUCAUACAUAUAGAAUGCAUUGUACUUUACAUUGUUCAGAUUAAUAUCAGAGACAUAAUAGUAAAAUGACAAAUGGGUU